CGAUGACGGUACAACUGACGUCUCGCGAGACUAGGUGCCGUUUUCCAGCCUGCAAGUGUGGUAUUUGCGCGAUAGAGACGAGGAAAGAUGGCGACGCAGGGGAGCGAAUCAACUAAACCUGCCGUGAGCAACGGAGAGGUAAGCAGCAAUGGAACGGCUGCAGCAGGAGAAGGCCAGACUGUGCAGACGGCUGAAAAUGCCCAGGAUCCUCAGCAGCAGCAGCAGCAACAACAAGCACCUAAUGCCUGGCAGGUCAUCAAAGGCGUCCUCUUUAGAAUCUUCAUAAUUUGGGCAAUCAGUAGUUGGUUCCGCAGAGGGCCGUCCACUCCCGAUCCGAACACACCAGCAGGGGCCCCCAGAGUACCCAGCAGGAACCUCUUCCCCAAAGACACCCUCAUGGACCUGUACGUGUACGUGUCCCAGGAGGAGGUGUUCUCUGACUUCAACAACACAGAUGCCCUGUUCUGGUUCCACAGGGACCUGGUGUAUGGAGACUGGAGCACAGGGGAGACCGGAGACGGCUGUUACCAGCAAUAUAAAGAGUUGGACAUCCCAGAGAAGAUACAGCAGAACGGCUCCCUUUACAUUCAUGUCUACUUCACUAAAAGUGGGUUCCACCCUGACCCGAAACGCAAGGGGCAGUACCGCAGACUGGCAACAGUUCAUUCAACGAGAAUGCUCAAUAAAUACAAGAGAAGAAAGUUUCUGAAAACCAAGAAUCUGCUCACAGGAGAGACGGAAGCAGAUCCAGAAAUGAUAAAGCGGGCGGAGAGCCACGGUCCAGUGGAGAUUAUCUCACACUGGCACCCUAACCUCACCAUUAAUAUGGUGGAUGAUCACACAGCCUGGGUGAAAGGCUCUGUCCCACCCCCUCUAGACCAAUAUGUUAAGUUUGAUGCAGUCAGUGGCGACUACUACCCCAUUGUGUACUUCAAUGAUUACUGGAACCUUCAGAAGGACUACUAUCCUAUCAACGACACCCUGACCAAACUCCCGCUGAGGCUCGGCUACUGCCCGCUGUCCCUCUGGCGCUGGCAGCUCUACGCGGCCCAGAACGCGCGCUCACCUUGGAAUUUCCUACCUGAGGACACCUACGAGCAAUCUGACGAAGACCAAGACUCUGUCAAGGUUGCCCUUUUGGAAACCAACCCGUACCUGCUGGGACUCACCAUCGUCGUCUCUAUUGUCCACAGCAUCUUUGAGUUUCUUGCUUUUAAGAAUGAUAUCCAGUUUUGGAACAGCAGACAGUCUCUGGAGGGGCUGUCGGUGCGCUCCAUUAUAUUCGGGGUGUUUCAGUCUCUUGUUGUGCUGCUGUACAUUUUGGACAAUGAAACCAACUUCGUGGUCCAAGUCAGCGUCUUCAUCGGUCUUCUUAUUGACCUGUGGAAAAUCACCAAGGUUAUGGAUGUCAGGUUGGACAGAGAGAACAAAAUUGCAGGAAUCCUUCCAAGACUGGUAUUCAAAGAUAAGUCCACAUAUGUGGAGUCUUCAACCAAAAUCUACGAUGACAUGGCCUUCAGGUACCUGUCAUGGCUGCUCUAUCCUCUGUUCGGCUGCUAUGCCAUCUACAGUUUAUUGUACGUAGAGCACAAAGGCUGGUACUCCUGGGUACUCAGCAUGCUCUAUGGCUUCUUGCUAACCUUUGGUUUUAUUACAAUGACACCACAGCUAUUCAUCAACUACAAAAUGAAAUCUGUGGCUCACCUCCCGUGGAGGAUGCUUACCUACAAGGCUCUCAAUACCUUUAUUGAUGACCUGUUUGCCUUUGUGAUCAAGAUGCCCAUGAUGUACAGGAUAGGAUGCCUCAGAGAUGAUGUGGUGUUCUUCAUCUACCUUUACCAGCGCUGGAUCUACCGGGUCGAUCCCAACAGAGUCAAUGAAUUUGGCACCAGCGGCGUGGAUAACACCCCAAACAGCACAGCAGAGACCACCACUCCCGCUGUCACAGACAAACCAGAGGGGGAGAAAAAGAACGAUUAAACACCCCGACCCCCUCGCUCAUCCGCGCCCACGGCUCCGACUGCUGGGGUGGAGAGGACUUGUGGAAGUUAGUGCAGGAGGGGGGAGUGGUCGUUUAGCCAUUAUGGACGCCGUAACUUAAAAAAAAAAAAAGAAAACAAAAGUUGAAGUUUAACUGUUCCCUCUGAUCUCUUUGUGGAUCCACAGAGAGACAUAUUCAGUGUAGACUCGGUAAAUUCUUAUUUCUGUUCCACCUCCCUUCCCCGCCCUCUCGUUUUGCAGUUCAAGUGAAGUAAAACAAAACGUGACGUUCUGUAUUCUGUAAGAUUUCUUUUCAGAGGGUAACGAUGUCUUCGGCUAGAUGUUGGAAGGGGAACAGUUGGCAAAUAUUCUCCAUUUUCAUUUCUUUUUUUUUUUUCUUUUUUUUUUUUUUAAACCGUGAAGAAAGAGGCCAAGUGCAACUUUUGUUCUUUGUGUCGAUUCCUUGUGAAUUUUUCUUUUCAUUCCAUGUGAGCACGGCGUUUCGGGUUUCCUAGAAACUUUGUGUGUGUAGUGCUGGAGGAAACUGGAAAGGUCCCGGAGCCACAUUGGAGGAAGAGACGUGGCGACCGGAGACGCGACGGACGACCCUGCAGGGCGCACUACGCACAACACAAUGACUACUACACUCAAUUUUAAUAAUGGUUAAUGUCCUAGACCUGAACAGAAAGGAGGAAAAAUAACAGCCUUGUUGGUAUUAAUAUGAAAUAUUGAUAAAAUCGAUGACUUAUUCUUGUUUUUCAGUAACUGAAGCAUCCUUUUGCAUCACCUUUAAACUGUACAGACUCCUGUUAAUAAUUUUUGUCCAAACUGUUCAGAAACCAAUGAUCUGGAGGCCUGAUGUUUCAGCUGGAUGUCUGAUUAUUUUCAUUAACCUCCAAAUCACAGGAGACAUCAGAUGUGUGCUAACAAAAUUACAGUGUCUCUUGUUAUUUUUAUUAUUUUUUUCAGUGCUGUAAAUCAAAAAAAGGGUUCAAUGUUGGUGCAUAUUAAAUUUUUGAGCAGUCAUGUUUAAAGUACAAACUUAAGUGUGAUUUAAAAUGUCAUGCAAUGCUCCUUUUUUUUCAGAUUUUAGUUCUAAUUUCUGUCUUAAGACCAAUAUUUUUUUUGCAUGGAAUUGCCUUAUUAGUUUCCAAUGAGCUUGGAGAAAAUAUAAUUUGUAUUUUAAACGUCCAGGUUUCAAUCCUCUCUAAUAUGUCAUCUCUUACAUUUCUGGUUUGUCUGCAGAGCGAUGGUCACCAGCAUUUAGUUCCCUGCAGCCUAAAGUUGACAGCUAACAGUUUACAAAUAAAAUAUUACAUAUUUAGAUACAUUGGCUGUAUUUAUACUGAGCUAUCAAUUUGGGAAUUAAAAGCAGUAUAAAGUUAAAGCUAGUAGAUCUUGACACAGGUUUAGCCGUCACGGUCAACCUUUAUAGUGUGCAAAGAAAUCCCUAAAAUGUACAUAUUGCUUAAACAUGAACUGAUGAGCACUGUUACAGUGAGUUUAUGCCCAAGUGUAUAUUCUUCCUUAUUUUUCCAAACUGGAAGAACUUAUAAAAAAACAAGUUAGUUUGGACUUUUUAUUCAAAUUGCAUUUUUUCUGAUCCACCCUGGGUCACAUUAUUCAGACUACCUGAUAUGUAUAACUACACCCCAGUUGCACCUUGACCGCAGGUUACUGGCAUAUUUCUGGCUCCAUGUUUCCAUUCUUCCUGGCAGAAUUGAUAAAGUUAAUUUAAACUGCUCUCGUUACUUUGAUCAGGCAUUGGGAAGUUUAAAACUGAAGCUUAAUGUCUGCCUCUUUUAUUCCAAAACCAGAUCUGGGAUUAUUCUCCUGUUGUGUCCAGGUUUCAGCCAUCUGACCCAAACUGGCACCCUCUGAAAUAACGGUAUUAGUUGAGAUGUUCAAGAACCCAGGAUCCAUUAAGGGUCAUCCAGGAAGUAAAGAUUGGGCUAUUUAGCUUCAAUGUCAAGAAAUAUUUUUGAAAACUUAAGGAGAGGGUUUUGAAACUUGAACAGGAUGACGGUAGGGUCAUGCUGAGGGUCUUUUUUUGUUUUUUUCCUGCUACUGGUAUAUAAAAUAAAGGACUUGACCUCAAAUCGUCAGCCUUGUGAUGGAAACUUGGCUCCAGUUUGGUGUUACAAGAGGAUAAUAAUCCAAAACACAUCAAAACAAGAGGUUGAAUGAUUAAAGCAGGCCAGUGUUAAGCUUCAAACUCUGCCGUAUUGAAAAUGUGCGGAUCAUGUUCAAAAAGUCUGGGUCAGGAAACAAAACAAUGCCUGACCCUUGCUAAUUAAGUAUAGGCAGGUUGCUUUCAUAACAGGGGUGGUGUCUGAAUAACUGAGCAUGUAUGGAUUAUAGAAAAUUCAUAUAUUGAAUCUUGUGCACCCAAUCUUUUUUUUUUUUUUUUAAGAAAUGAUGGCUGUUGUAAAUUGUGUUUGCUGCAGGUAUAAAGAGAGGUUAGGCUGGCAGAAAUGCAGGCCUUUGUUGUGUAUACAUAACAGUGAAAAUGCAGAAAAGCUUAACUAAAACAUUUUUGACAGUU